AUGCACAACCACGCACCACCCAACCUCAGUGGACCCCAGCGGGCUUCCCAGGAUGGAGAGCUCCGCUCCCCAGAACACGCCCCAGGGCCCCCACAGGCACUGCCUCCAGAGCUUCCCUCGGACAUGCCCCCAGGGCCCCCACGAACAGCCCCAGGCUCCCCAGGAACAUGUCUCCUGGGCCCAGACACACACUCCCAGGGCUUCCCCCCUCCCUGCGGAAACGCCCCCAGGGCCCCCAGACACGCCUCCAGGGCCCCAGACACGCCUCCAGCGCCCCCACAGACAGACACGCCCUCAGGGCCCCCAGACCCGCCCCCAGGGGCCCACAGACACGCCCCCAGCGCUCCCCGCGGACAGGCCCCCAGGGCCCCGGCUGAACCCGCCUCCAGGUACGUCCUGGCCAUCGCACCCCGUGAUCCGGCCCGCGUGGAGGCCUCCGCCCCCCGGGAUCCAGCCCGCGGGACAUCUCUGCAGAUUGUUUUGCACUCUGACGCCUGGGGUCGCCCUGAGAGUGGGCACUGUGGGUCCGAGGAGUUUAAUGAGCAGAAAGUGCUAUUUUUAUCAGCUCACGCUUUGCCAACUUUGGUUUUCACCAAAAGCACCUUGCGGGCACCACGUGGGCGCCCUUGUGCGUUUGAGCCCGCAAGUCCCUCGUGCGAAGAAAGUGACCGCGAGCACUCCCCGGCCCAACGGCCCCACGGAGCCCUAAGAGCGGAUUUUGGCCGCGAAUGGGGAACUUUCGGUUACUUUUUGACCCUUGACCUCGCUGCGAAGGGAAGUUUGGGGAAGGCGCUCUACACCUCGACUCCGAGCCGCAGACCCGGCCGUCGCGGGCGGCGGUCCCUGCGACAGACACGCGCGGAAGCCAUGGGCGCCCGCGUCCCCCAACUCCAACCCCAAAGCCCUCGGAGGUCAACGCCCGAGCCGAGCCUCCCCACGCCCGCGUCCCGCCCCCUACGGAGACGGGCGCAUCCACAGGCCAAUGACAAAAACCCUAUCCACACAAGGGGCGGGGCCAAGGGGGAACCAAUCCCGGCUCGGGCCCCCACUGCGUCCAAACGGCCCAAUGAGCAGCGGCAGCAGGGCGGGCCGUGGGGCGGGGCUCGCGCCGCUGGCCAAUGGACGCGCACGUCAGCGGCGCCGGAAGGCGUGUCCUGCGACGGGGCGUGCGCGCCGGCGGCGCAGGGAGGGGGAGGGAGGACGUCCUCAGGGACCCCACCUGCAUCUGCCGGUCUCCUGAGGGGCACCGGGGAGUGGAGCCGCGCACCUCCUGGGGACUGGGACUCUGUCCCCAAGUGUACCGUGAGGAGGAACGUGCGGACCUGUCUGCAGCCGGCGCUUGUCAGGACAGACAGAAGCCGUGUCCCCACUGACCGGAGCAGCGCUAUGCUGGCCCCCUGUCGACACGCCGCAGAGCUGGACAGUGGCCUGGCUGUGUCCCCCUUGGGGCCAUUGCAGCACCUGCAGUCACUGCCGCGGCCCCCCAGAUGCUGCCGGCCUCUGCUGCUCCUCCUGGCAGUGACUGGGCGGGGCCAGGCACUCUGCUGGUCACGCUGUGUGGUCACUGUGGUGACAGCGCCGGGCCAUGCGGAGAGCCCUCUGUCGGUCACCCUGUGUGGGUCACCGUGGUGGCACUUGGCCAUGCAGAGAGCAGUGGGCAUGGCUCGUGAGCCCUUUGUCAAUCACCCUGUGUGGUCACCCUGUGGCACCGGGCCAGGUCAUGUGGAGAGCCCUCUGCUGGUCACCCUGUGUGGUCACCGUGGCGGUGCAGGGCCACGUGGAGAGCGGUGGGCACGGCCGGCGAGCCCUGUGUGGUCACCCUGUGUGGUCACCGUGGCGGUGCAGGGCCACGUGGAGAGCGGUGGGCACGGCCGGCGAGCCCUGUGUGGUCACCCUGUGUGGUCACCGUGGCGGUGCAGGGCCACGUGGAGAGCGGUGGGCACGGCCGGCGAGCCCUCUGCUGGUCACCUUUUGUGGUCACCCUUUGUGGUCACUCUGCGGGAAGGCACGUAUCUUCUUGCGCAGGCACUUCCAGCCCCGUUCUUUUUUAGCGUUCACGUGUGGCCUGAGAUGAGGGAGAUCCAGCUCCUGCGGCGACUGCGGCAUCGCAACGUCAUCCAGCUGGUGGAUGUGCUGUGCAAUGAGGAGAAGCAGAAGACCGGCACGUAUAUGGUGAUGGAGUACUGCGUGUGUGGGAUGCAGGAGAUGCUGGACAGCGUGCCCGAGAAGAGGUUUCCUGUGUGCCAGGCCCACGGGUACUUCUGUCAGCUGAUUGACGGGCUGGAGUACCUGCACAGCCAAGGCAUCGUGCACAAGGACAUCAAGCCCGGCAACCUCCUGCUCACCACCGGCGGCACACUCAAGAUCUCCGACCUGGGCGUGGCCGAGGCCCUGCACCCCUUCGCUGAGGAUGACACGUGCCGGACCAGCCAGGGAUCACCAGCCUUCCAGCCGCCCGAGAUUGCCAACGGCCUCGACACCUUCUCUGGCUUCAAGGUGGACAUCUGGUCUGCAGGGGUCACACUGUACAACAUCACCACAGGCCUGUACCCUUUCGAGGGGGACAACAUCUACAAGCUGUUCGAGAACAUCGGGAAAGGUGACUACACCAUCCCCAGCGACUGCGGCCCACCACUGUCUGACCUGCUGAGAGGGAUGCUGGAGUACGAGCCGGCCCGGAGGCUCUCCAUACAGCAGAUCCGGCAGCACAGCUGGUUCAGGAAGAAGCACCCGCUGGCCGAGGCGCUGGUGCCCAUCCCGCCCAGCCCAGACACCAAGGACCGUUGGCGCAGCAUGACGGUGGUGCCCUACCUCGAGGACCUGCACGGCUGUGCCGGCGAAGUCGAGGACGAAGGCCUGUUUGACCUCGAAGACGAUAUCAUCUACACGCAGGACUUCACAGUGCCUGGACAGGUCCUGGAGGACGAUGCUGGUCAGAACGGACAGAGCCGGGGCCUGCCCAAGUCCUGGUGCAUGAAUGGCACCGAGGCAGCCCAACUAGGCUCCAGGUCAAAGGCUGAGCGCCGGGCCAGCGCGGCCUCCAACCCUGCCCGCCGGGCAUGCUCUGCCAGCAGCAAGAUCCGGCGGCUGUCGGCCUGCAAACAGCAGUGA